AUGGCGAAUAGAAAUGACGAUUUACGGACAGCCGAAGUGAAGUUAUCGCUUGUUGAAGUGGAACGAAUGAUCUCGGAUACGGCACAAUUGAACGAUGAGGAAGAGCUGAAGAGACGUGAAGAGACGAUCAUCAAUUUCGGCAAACAUCUUUGUGAAGAGAAGGACACGGAACAGUUAAAGCAGUUAAUCACAUUAAUUCGCCCGUAUUUGACGAGUUUCGGCAAAGCGAAAGCGGCCAGAGUGGUGCGAUCUCUGGUCGAUAUGUGCCUACAGAUCGACCAAGAUCCUCAGCUGAAACUCGAACUGUGCAGAGAGUGUGUGGCAUGGGCCACGAAACAAAAACGUGUCUAUCUGCGACAUUCAUUGGAAGUUCGCCUGAUAAGACUGCUGAAUGAGAUGGGCAAAUAUCCCGAAGCAAUAAAUAUGGCCACAAAGCUGAAUCAAGAACUGAAGAAAGUGGAGAAUAAAGACGUUCAACUGGAGGUGCAAUUGGAGGAGAGUAAAAGUGGUUUCUCGUUGAACAAUUUGAGUAAGGCAAAAACAUCACUAGUGGCCGCCAAAACGACAGCCAAUGCGCUCUAUAUCGAGCCAAAACUUCAAGCUCAGCUGGACUUGCAAUCGGGUGUGUUGCAUAUGGCCGAGGAUCGAGACUAUAAAACGGCAUUCUCCUACUUCUACGAGGCUUUC